AUGGCGAAAUCGGCGAUAUCAAUCUCUAGGAGGGAGGCUCUGGCUUACAAGGCUCACACCAUAGAUCAGCCGAUUGAUCAUUUCCCAAAUGAUCCAAUGUAUGCUCCACACACCAAUGCUACAUUCAAACAAAGAUAUUGGUUUGAUGCGACCUACUACAAACCUGGAGGUCCCAUUUAUCUAUACAUUGGAGGAGAAACCAAUGGCCAGUACAGAUUCAGCAACCUUCAGACUGGGAUCAUUCAAAUAUUAAUGGAAGCUACUAAUGGUCUUGGAAUUAUCCUCGAAAACAGGUACUAUGGCGAGAGCUUCCCAUUCAACACCAGCACAACAGAUCAGUUGGCAUACUUGACCAAUCAACAGACCGUUGCGGAUAAUGCAUACUUUGCUCAACAUGUAUCCUUGCCUGGUGUCAAUGCUAGUAUUACUGCACCAAACACCAAAUGGAUACUUUAUGGAGGCUCUUUGGCUGGUGGUCAGACUGCGUUAUCAGUAAAGAUUUAUCCGGAAGUAUUCUUCGGUGGUAUUGCUUCCAGUGCUCCUAUCAAAGCUGUGGUGGGAUAUCCAGAAUGGUACAAUCCAAUUCAAAGAUUAGGUCCCCAAGACUGCAUUUCAAGCAUUAACGGCAUUAUUGACAAAUUUGAUGCCCUAAUAUCCGCAAAUAACACACAAGCGAUCAAGCAAUUCAAAUCUCUGUUCGGGCUUGAGGCUUUGACUGAUAACAGAGACUUUGCAAUGACUAUUGCUUUUCCUCUUGGGGGGCCAAUGGAUUACCCGACGAACACAUGGCAGGAACUUAAUUGGAGUCCGCUGUAUACUUCAAAUGAUUUCUGGAACUUUUGCUCGAAUGUCACCAACAUUGAUGCGCCCAAGGCAGUUACAGAGAUCGAUUACUCCCUUUCAAACUACACCGGAGGAGAGCCAUGGACAAACCUAGGAAAUUAUGCUACUUACGUCAAAAAUGUCCUGAUCCCAAUCUGUGAUGGCGCUCCUAUCGACAGCACAUCGUGCUUUGGCACCCAAAAUGAGACAUACUAUGCCGACGUAACAAAUGGAGCAGGCCAUAACGACGUAUGGCUCGACCUCACCUACCAUUCCCAAUAUGCCCCUAGUCCCCGUAUCUAUUCAGAUCUCCACCCAGAAUUCCUCAUAUCAGGCGCAGGUCAUCAUUGGGAUUCCUAUGGUAUCCUAAAUAUCUCAGCUGAGCCACAAUUCAUUCAGCAGGCACAUCUGUGGGAGAUUAGGACUGUUAAGAAGUGGUUAAAGGCUGAAAAAUUUCAAACAUUUAGACGAUUCGUAUAUAUAAACAUCUUCGAAGACUGA